UGACAGUAUCGUGUUGAAAUUUACAGUAAACGUGCUUUAUUGCAUUGAAACGGAACAGCUUUUACAUUUUCUUUACUCUUUUUCUCGUUGUGAAUUUAUUUUUAUCAAGAUGUCGAAGGCGGAUUUAGACAAGGUUGAAGACUUCAAGGACAAACUCUUGGCAGAGGCAGAAAAACUUGUCCACAAAGUUUUCCCUUUGAAAAUUGUUGAGCUGACCGAAAUGCAUCAGUCGGAAAUGUUAGCCCGUGAGAGAAUGGCGUCUAUUCACACCAAGCUGAACAUACCAAUACCAGAGCCCAUCAUGCUCAACAACAGUGAUUUGCCGGACAGAAAAAAACGGAAAAUAGAGGAUGGUGGAGAUCUAAGUUUGGUUCAUGGGUCCAGAGUGCUGGCUCUACCAGACGGUCUAGCGCCCUGUAACAAACAUCUUGUUGAGAUCAUCAACAUCUUGAAGCCCAAUAUCUGUCUGAUGAUCGACCACAUCAUUACACUCAAGAUGUGGAUCCAGCUCCUCAUUCCCAGAAUCGAAGACGGAAAUAACUUUGGCGUCUCAAUUCAGGAGGACACGUUAGCCGAACUGCGUCAGGUCGAGAGCGAGUCAGGAGCCUACCUAGACCAGAUUUCCAGGUACUUCAUCACUCGGGCAAAGCUCAUCAGCAAAGUGGCCAAGUACCCUCAUGUUGAGGACUACAGACGGAGUGUUUUCGAGACUGACGAAAAGGAAUUUCUUAAUUUGAGGUUGACGUGCGCCGAGCUCAGGAAUACAUAUCUUUCCGUGUAUGAUCUGAUCAUGAAGAACAAAGAGAAGAUCAAGAAACCCCGAAACAGCAACGCAGAAACCCUGUACUAGAGAUCCACCCAGUGGAAUGGGUAAUAUAUACAUAUACCCGAAUGGCUAUUGGGAUAAAAGGGGGAUUCAGCAACUGUAUACCCAAAAGGGUAUUGGGAUAAAAGAGGGGGAUUCAGGCACUUUACACCCUGUACCAGAGAUCCACCCAGUGGAAUGGGUAAUAUAUACAUAUACCCAAAGAAGUAUUGGGAUAAAAGGGGGAUUCAGCAACUGUAUACCCAAAUAGGUAUUGGGAUAAAAGAGGAGAUUCUGUCACUGUACAACCUGUAAUGGGUAAUAUAUACAUAUACCCGAAUGGGUAUUGGGAUAAAGAGGGGGAUUCUGUCACUGUACACCCUGUACUAGAGAUCCACCCAGUGGAAUGGGUAAUGAAUACAUAUACCUAAACCGGUAUGGGGUAAAAGGGGGGAUUCAGUCACUGUACACCUUGUACUAGAGAUCCACCCAGUGGAAUGGGUAAUGAAUACAUAUACCUUAACGGGCAUGGGGUAAAAGGGGGGAUUCUGUCACUGUACACCCUGUCCUAGAGAUCCACCUAGUGGAAUGGGUAAUGACUACAUAUACCUAAACGGGUAUGGGGUAAAAGGGGGGGAUUCAGUCACUGUUCACCCUUUACUAGAGAUCCACCCAGUGGAAUGGGUAAUGACUACAUAUACCUAAACUGGUAUGGGGUAAAAGGGGGGGAUUCUGUCACUGUACACCUUGUACUAGAGAUCCACCCAGUGGAAUGGGUAAUGAAUACAUAUACCUAAACGGGUAUGGGGUAAAAGGGGGGAUUCAGUCACUGUUCACCCUUUACUAGAGAUCCACCCAGUGGAAUGGGUAAUGAAUACAUAUACCUCAACGGGUAUGGGGUAUAAGGGGGAUUCUGUCACUGUACACCUCGUACUAGAGAUCCACCCAGUGGAAUGGGUAAUGAAUACAUAUACCUCAACGGGUAUGGGGUAAAAGGGGGGAUUCAGUCACUGUUCACCCUUUACUAGAGAUCCACCCAGUGGAAUGGGUAAUGAAUACAUAUACCUCAACGGGUAUGGGGUAUAAGGGGGAUUCUGUCACUGUACACCUCGUACUAGAGAUCCACCCAGUGGAAUGGGUAAUAUAUACAUACAUGUAUACCCAAAUGGGUAUGGGGUAAGGAAAAGGGAUCAACAAAUUCAACCCAGUCCUGGAGAUGCACCCUGUGAAUUGGAUUUUAUAAACCCAAGUGGGUUCUGGGGGGGGGACACAUGAAGGUGAACACCCUAUACUGUAGAUCGGAUCAGUGGUUGGUUAACAUACAUAGAUACCCUAUUGGGUUUGGGGUGAGGGGACGGCAGAACACAGAUGAGAUCCACAAUAGCCAAAUAGAUGUGGUAUGGGGUAAGGGUGGGAGGGGAAACAGCAAAGUACACACUUUUAUUACUUUUAGUACUGGAGAUCCACCCAGUGGAAUGGGUACUCGUGCUAUUGUACCCAAAUGGGUGUAGGGUAAGAUGAGGGAGACACAUCAAUGAACACCCUGUACUAGAGAUCCACCGAAUGGAUUGGGCUCUUAUGGAUAAGGGGUGUAAUUGUUACCCUGUACUAGAGUUCCGCAUAAGGAAUGGGUAAAAACCUUAUCCUUAAUGGGCGUAGGGCAAGAAAGAUGGAGGGACCAAAGAUUUGCUAACAUCCUACGCUAAAGAUCAACCCAAAGAGUGGACCCUUCAGGAGUGUUGUAGGGGGAGGGGCCUUUAUAAGAUAAGUUCGAGAUCCACCAAAAAAGUGUGCGUUAAGGGAACUUUAAAAGGCAGUUCUUUGUUGUUGUGGGGGGGGGGGGGGAUAUCUGUGAAGCUGGAAUCUGUUAAUUCUAAAACUUCCUUUCAAUUAAUGUUGUAUCUUAGAAACGUUUUCUCAUUAUUAUUUUUCGAUUUCGUUUCACUUGUCUGGUGUGUUUAAUUUCAAUUUUGCGUUCCAAUGAAGGGAUAGAAUGAAUGAUGAAGUAAAAAUUUUUACUUUCACAAUUAUGGGAGUCAUUGUCUGUAUUGGAGAAAAGGAAAACUUUUUUUUUCCAAAAAUGAUUAUGAAAUUUUUCUGAAACCCGUGUAAAUUAAAACUGCAGUGAUCCAACUGUAAAUAAAUGUAA